GAGCGGUCUGUUUCUAGGUGUCUAGCAACAGCUAUCAGCCCAGACAGCCGGCGGCAACGGGAGCGGUAUUUCUCGGUGUGUCUUUCCACGAUUAUUCGCUGCUGGGUAUUCAUAAUUAAUAGUCAAUUGGCUGAAAAUAGUGAAAGAAACAACCCUGACCCCUGCACAGAGAUAUGAGCGGCAGCGGGCGGCCCAGGACCAGCUCGUUUGCUGAGCCGCUAGGUGUUCCAGGAACCGCCGCUGCGUCCACCGGAUCAGCCGCUGCCGUGGGGAGCAGCACAGGAAAGUCCGGGGUCCCGCAGGCCUCCGGCAGCAGCUCGUCGGGAUGCUCGAACCUUAAGCUUGCCAGAGACAGCGGGAAGGUGACGACAGUCGUGGCCACACCAGGUCAGGGACCGGACCGCCCACAGGAAGUCUCCUACACUGACAUCAAGGUGAUUGGCAAUGGGUCGUUUGGUGUGGUGUAUCAAGCUCGCCUCAUCGACAGCCAGGAGAUGGUGGCCAUUAAGAAGGUUCUGCAGGAUAAGAGGUUCAAGAAUCGGGAACUACAGAUCAUGAGGAAGCUGGACCACUGCAACAUCGUCAGGCUACGUUACUUCUUCUACUCCAGUGGAGAGAAGAAAGAUGAAGUGUAUCUCAACCUGGUGCUGGACUUUGUCCCUGAGACGGUCUACAGGGUUGCCAGGCAUUUUAACAAGGCCAAGAGCAUCAUUCCUAUCAUAUAUGUGAAGGUGUACAUGUACCAGUUGUUUCGUAGUCUGGCAUACAUCCAUUCCCAAGGCGUUUGUCACAGAGACAUCAAGCCCCAAAACCUGCUUGUCGACCCAGAAACUGCCAUCCUCAAGCUGUGUGACUUUGGCAGCGCCAAGCAGCUGGUCCGCGGGGAGCCCAACGUGUCGUAUAUCUGCUCUCGCUACUAUCGCGCCCCUGAGCUCAUUUUCGGUGCCACGGACUACACGGCAAACAUUGACAUCUGGUCAGCAGGCUGCGUACUGGCUGAGCUGCUGCUCGGACAACCCAUAUUCCCCGGUGACAGCGGGGUGGACCAGCUUGUCGAGAUUAUCAAGGUGCUAGGAACCCCGACAAGGGAACAAAUCCGAGAGAUGAACCCAAACUACACAGAAUUCAAGUUUCCUCAGAUCAAAGCUCAUCCAUGGACCAAGGUGUUUAAACCUCGCACCCCUCCAGAGGCCAUUACCCUUUGCUCCCGGCUGCUGGAGUACACGCCGGCCUCGCGGUUCUCCCCACUAGAGGCCUGCUCGCACGGCUUCUUCGAAGAGCUGCGCCAGCCGAACACACGACUGCCCAGCGGCAGAGAACUGCCGAUGCUCUUCAACUUCAGCACCACAGAGCUGUCCAUCCAGCCCCAGCUGAACUCAACCCUCAUCCCUCCUCACGCCCGCUCUCACACAGCUGCUUCCGCCCACGAUGGUACCGGUUCCGAUUCAUCUCAACACAGUUCAGUACCCGGAUCUCUUAACAGCAUCUGAAGCAGCUUCUCACCUGCCUGCCUGCGAGCCUCACCCUUAUCUCAACACACACACACACACACACACACACACACACACUCACUCUAGUGCUUUCCUCCAUGCUGCUUGCUCUCCUCUUAGAUGAUCUGUUUUUGUACAGUAAUGCAUUGAACAAACAAACAUUAGCUCUUUAGCUGCCAGGGGUCGUAACUACGGCAGGUGAUUGUUAAACACACAUACACACACAAAGAGUAGUCAUCUCGCUGCUGCUCAGGUGGUCUGUGAAGGUUCAAUAGUGGGGGCUGGUCCUCUGUAAUAUAACUUUUUUUUUUUUUUUUUUUUUUUUUUUUCUUUUUUUUUUUACUUCUUUUUAAAUCAACUUUUUUUCUUCUUCUCUAUAUUUGUGUUUAAUUUAUUUGCCUAACAGAGCGCAUCAUGUGGUCGCAAAAAUUUGUUCGCCAGAGUUUUAUUUUAUUUUUUUCCACCUAAGAUUAUUUUUUUAUAUUCUUCUGUGUUUAUUUGCAUCUGAACUGUACACUGCCUGAGCGAGGUCAGAAGUAGCCCCUCGUAGGUCAUCAGGGUAAAAGUUUUAUUCAACUCAGGGCGGGAGAGCGGAUGCCGGGGAUGAUAGAGUCCUUAAUGCUCCAGCCACGUUAUUUGAACCAAUCCAGCCUGAUGUUACGGUUUAAAUUGAACCUCCACGUCUUGAUAAUUCACACGCUUAAGUGGCAGGUAGAGUAGGAAACCUCAUCAGUAGCAGUUAUCAGUGUUUGGUCGGAGGUGCUUCGCCCCUUACGUGAAUCAGGGUUCAGUGGCUCCGUUACUUUAUACAGGCCGGUCACCUGUCCUUCUGUUUGUUUCCUGAUCUACAGAGUGUUACCUGGUAAAAGCGUGAGAUACUCCCUCAUAGAAAACAUAGGUAAGAUCAAUCAUGGAUUUUAGACUCCUUUUCAGCUUUUAUCCGUGAUUUCUGUUUGACUCAUUCCCACAUCAGGCAGGGCAGAGGUGUUAAUUUGUUUGGCCACCCAGAGGAAUACCCCUCGACUCCUGCUCUUCUUCUAAACCUCAAAAAGUAGUUUCGACCUGUAGAUGUUGGUUGUGGAGAAAGUGUGGAGCGAAAAGCAGAUCUAGAAAACGAGCCUUUUGAAAUGGAGCAACCAAAUUCAAAUGGUAGUCGUGUAAAUAUUAGUACAUCACUGGACGCCGCUCAGUGCGCUGCUUGCUCUCUGUCCUACAGCUCGUUAGUUGUGUUCACGAUUAGAUAAAAAACCAGCUGUCAUCGCAGCAAUGGAAAUGUAAACACAUUUUGAAGCUCGUCUAAGAAACUAGAGAUUCUGUAUCACGACCAUCGAUGCUUCUUGAAGGAAUUGUUUCCAGAAUUGACUUGCUGAAGAAAAUAACCUAUUUACACCCCUUUAAACCAGAAGGACGGAAGAAAGGAAGCUGACAGCCUUCACUGGUUUCACUGGUGCUACCGUGCUAGAACUGAGUGAACGUAGAGGAAGUUGUUGUUUUCAGACGUGUCUUUGAAGUUCCACUCAAAUUAGCCUGAUUCUUUUUUUUUUUUUUUUUCAUUUUGAGCUUUUAAAACGGAACUAACGUUCAUUGUGGUCGUGGUGUGUUGAAUGAAAAGAAGUGAAAACGUUUGAAUCAGGGCAGUUGCCCGACUCAACAGUUGCUACUUUUAAAAAGUCUGAAAUAGUUUUAAGAUAAUUGAUUUGAUUGAUUGAUUUUAAAGCAGUGAGAAGUCUUGAAAUGUGCUUAAUAUUGUUACUUAAAGGGUAACUUUGGUAUUUUUUUAUUUUAUCAUGCUUUGGUGUGUUAAUGGGGACAACAUUUUUGAAGUUGGUCCAGUAUUAAGUGAGAGCGCUCUGACCGGGAGACGCUUAAAGGGCUGCAAAGUAAUCUCAAGGGCAAUGUAAGCAUUUUAGUUUUGAGGACGUGGAUCAGGCCUGACCCUCUCGCCAACCCGUUUAGACACAAACGCAAACCGACCGAAUCAAGCGCAAGUUAAAGAAAAAGUUUUUAUUUCUCUCGAGUUUGUUUUUUUCAUAAUGUUGUCAGAGACUUAUGAUAACAAUGCGAGCCUGUCAGUGCCAAAAACAAUCACUUUUAGUGGACGUACAUUGAGGAGUUGAGCCUAGCGAUGACGUUGCAGCACGUUUCAGGACUUCCACCUCCAGCGUUCUCCCUCAAUACUGGACCAUCGGUUAGACAGAAAAACAUGGGGAAUCCAGAAGUUACCCUUUAAUGGCUCCCCUAUACUGUCUGUUGACAUGUAGUCAUACAGAAAACAAAAGGCUGGUUUCAAAAUUAGUUUUAAUUUCACAAUGUUCUAAAGAUGUCGUACUAAAACCCUGUAAGAUCCGCUGAAAUACAUCGGCAGAUCAAACGCUAUCGAAUCAAAACGCGCCCCCCCCCCCAGCU